AUGUUAAGAGAGAACCUGCAGCAAACCGCAGUAGAGUUGGUGAAGAGCUGGGAAGGACUUUCUCUUCCCGGGCCAGCAUUUGGCGCUUGGUCUCUAGCGCCCAAUCGUCGCGAGCAUUUCGCGCCGUCUUGCUCCCUCCCUCCUCCUCAGCCCUCAAAUCAAAUAUCCCAGACUCGCACCACGACCAGAACCAAGAUGACAAAACAUAGCAAGAACAACACCGCGUCUUCCAUCUUCUCGUACGCAGAAUACAAAAAGCUUGACUAUGGAACCAAGCGGCAACGUCUAGGGAACGAGUCCAUGCGGCGCUUCGAUGCGUGCGCACUAUGUCUGCAGCGAGCACGGGAGCCGGUAGCAUGUCAGAAAGGCCAUCUUUUCUGCAAGGAGUGCGUGUACACGGAUCUCGUCGCACAGAUGGCGGAUAUCAAGCGACAGAAGGCCAGACUGGAGACGCUGAAGCGUGAGGCAGACGAGGAGAAGCAGAGAGCACGAGAGGCUGCGCGGGAGCGAGUCUUGCUUGAAUUUGAGAAGGGACAGCUCGGCUUGGCCGCCACCCCGACCAUCACCACCUCUGGUGCCGAGCCGAAAGGAUCCCGGGGGACAAAACGCAAGUUUGACUUCUCGGAAAACACUGUUGAGACGCUUGCACGAGAGGCGGAGGAGGCUGCUUUGCGGCAAAUUGAGCGCGAGCAAGCGGAGGCGCUCAAGCACAAGCUCCCCGAUUUCUGGCUUCCGUCUCUCACUCCAACGUACACAUCAAGCGGACCACCAACUUCAUUAACAGACGUCAAAGUGCAAGCCGCAUGUCGCGGGGGAACGCCAGCGCACCCACUGACGCGAAAGAAUCUAAUCCCUGUGAAGUUCAUUUACGACACGUCCUCGGGGCCUUCCCGCUCUGGUGAGUCGACACCAGCGACUGAGGACGGAUCAAAGCCGAAGAAUGACGACGAGAAACCUCCAAUAUGCCCAUCGUGUAAAAAGACGUUGUCGAAUAGCACUCUGAUGCACGUGAUGAAGCCCUGUGGACAUGUUGUCUGCAAGACUUGUACUGACACGCUUGUCAAGCCAGCGAAGCAAUGCAUACAAUGCGAUGUACAGCUCGGCGACAAGGACAUUAUCGAACUUGCGAGGGAGGGUACUGGCUAUGCGGCAGGGGGACUGGCAGAGACAUCCAAGAAGGGCGUUGCGUUCCAAGGCUAG